UGUGAAUUACCAUAAAGGAGCGGUACAUUCUCUUCACAGAGUAACAACGAAAAAGGUUUCAUUUGGCUUAUUUAGCACUGACAAAUUCUUUUACAAGAGAAACAUUUUGUAAUGCUUGACAAAAGAAGUUCACACAUAAAGGGAGAAGCCGUUUACUCUUCUCGUUCCAAUCACAGAGUUCCACCAUCCUCACCGUCUGCGGAAGGGAUCGGAGGAAUCGACGGCGAUGGCUGUGAACAGCAGGACCGUGAUGCAGUGGGUUCCCUGCAUUCAUCGAUUCGAAGAUCUUGCGGGAGCCCUUCAUACAAGCGUCUGAUUUCCGAGAUUGAAAAUCGACGUGCUCGAGAGGUACGCAAGAAGCGUCGCUCCCUUCUACAUGAAGAGGCGGUAAAACGGCAUCGACAGAUUUUUUUCAUUGUUAUUUUACUGACGAUUGCUUUAUGCAUCCUGUGUUCCGGCUAUCGUUUGGUAACUGAGAGAUUGUAGAGUGCGAUGACAGAAUGGACUCCAAUGCUGGUAUCAGGAUGGUGUUCUGCGCUUAAUGUCUGUCCUUGAAAGGCGUUGUUUGAUAUUCCGAUGGUCAGAUAACGCUAUUUAUCGAAUCGGGCUCAAUUACUUAAUCCGGUGAGCAAACGUGCCUGCUGCUUUAAUUUGUUUUAUUGUGCCCAAUGAAAUGGAAAUUGUAUUUGUAGGGCUAGCUGGGUUUGAAAUUCAACUGUGUCUGUGAUUGUCGCAGAUCUGAAAGUUUCAUUCACGAGGGGUUGAUGUCAGUGCAACGCUACGGAUACGUAGAGACGCACAGCAGGAGGAAUAGUGAUAUUCUAACUCACAUGACUAAAGCCCUUUAAAUAUUAUAACCAUCUUUACCAAUAGCAAUAUGCCCAAGCGGAUAUUCAUCAUGAUCCUAAAGAUGCACACAUAGCUUGAUAUUUCGAACGUACAAGCGUAAUGUUGUGGAGCUUGAUGUCUGACAUGUCACACCGGACUCGUCGACAAAGCCAGAUAUAUAUUUCUGUAUAUAUGCAAAGUCACUUGAUUGUGCCGACAUUUUAUCGACACGGUAUAGCCUUUCAGGUAAUUUUUUUUGAUGGAUUUCUAGCCAUAUAAUGGCGUGCUA